AAGUCCGCUCGCUCCCACUCUUCUACUUCUCUCUACCCGAAUUUCUGCGAAUCCAUGGCAGAGAAGAGCGAAUCUGGCAGCAGGCACCAUGCCUACAGCCGGAAGCAGAAAUCUCUGGGUCUUCUCUGCUCUAAUUUUGUAUCUCUUUACAACAAAGGUGAUGUGGAUACUGUCUGUUUGGAUGAUGCCGCCAUAAAGCUGGGCGUUGAACGGAGGAGGAUAUAUGAUAUUGUGAAUGUGAUGGAGAGCAUUGGGGUUUUAACGAGGAAGGCGAAGAACAGAUAUCUGUGGAUAGGAUUUAAAGGGAUCCCUAUUACUCUUGAGCAACUUAAGGAAGGGACUGCAAAGGAACAUAAUAUAUCAUCUUUGGAAAGCUCGUCUGCAAAAGUUUCAGAUGAUGAAGACGAUGAUAAAUCUUUAGAUCACAAUGAUGAUUAUGGAGAAGGAAGGCUCUGUAUAACUGAUACUGCUGCAAAGCCUAAAUGUGUUGCAGAAAGAAAGGAGAAAUCCCUUGGGCAGCUCACACAAAAUUUUGUGAAACUCCUACUCACCACCAAUGCUGACAUGGUUUCACUUGAUGAUGCUGCAAAGCUGCUGCUUGGGGAUGGCCAGAACCCAGCUUAUUUGAGAAAUGCAAAUGCAGCAAAAGUUAGGCGUCUCUAUGACAUUGCAAAUGUUCUAUCUUCCUUAAAUCUCAUUGAAAAGACACAUCAAUCUGACACCAGGAAACCAGCAUUUCGGUGGUUGGGAACUAAAGGGAAGUGUGAGAAUGGUGUUACAAUUGCUUUACCUCCUGUUGCACAGAAAUCUGGCAAAAGAAUGUUUGGGACAGAGCUAACAAAUGUGGAAGUUAAGAGAGCAAAAUUAUUAUCUUCAGUUGAUAACAAGUCCAACAAAACUCAAGUGCUAAGCCAUGACCUUAAGGAAUGCAACAAAGCAGUACAGAGGCAAUUGCAGGGCUCCAAGUCCUUCGUGUUUGGUCCAUUUAAUCCUCCGAAGACACCAAAGGAAGAAGUUAUCGAGCAAAAAUUUGAAAAUGAUCCAGAUUUUGAGAGUUUUGCCUCUUCUAUGCGCCCCGCCUAUCAUAGCCAAGCUUUGCAUGAUCUCUUCUCACACUAUAUGGAGGCAUAUAAUUCAUGGUUUGCAGAAAUUGCUGGAGGAAGUGGCAAUUUGCAACAGCCCUUGAAGAAGUCUGUUCACAUCGGGCAUUCUUAGAGAUAUUUCCGUGUCAUCUACAUCUUUCAAUGCCCAUGUAAGUUCUCUUCCUGUAGAGGAAUUGGUCAGCUAUGUUGUGGAACAUUGUGUUGUGAAGUUUUAGCUAUGGGCUAUGGAUUCUGUAUUUUCUCAAUACAGCAUAGUCCUUCCUGUAUGGUUGUGCUUCUUCAACCACCUGUGAUUGCCUGUAGGCAGUGGAAUAACAGUUUCUUCAUCCACUGUACUAUCGUUUUAUGGGAAUAACAGUUUUUUUCCCCUAAA